CACUCACCAUCGAGGCGCUGCCAAUUUUGCCUUUCUCCUUUUUCAAGAAAAUCAUAGGCUCAUUUACUGUAUAAUAUUACCAUUCGCAUGAGCUCAGGAAUUAAGAAGAAGGAAAGAAAGCCAAUUCCGUCGUUCUUGCGCCCAGCGGGCCUCCGUCCGGGCCAGGCGGCGCCCGGCAGCGACCUGCGUCGCCGGCGCCCUCUCCCGCCUCCCAACCGGGCCAAGCCCAAGAGUGAAGACCGGCCUCUGGCUGCAGCACCGCCCGAGGACAAGCGCGCGUGCACCGACUACCGGCUUGUAUCCUCGGCACACGAGCGCACACACAAUGUGAUGCGUUUCCUCACCUCCAAGCCCGUGGACGUGACCAAGUUCACGCAGCCAGUGAAGCUGACGCGCCUGAGCCGCACGUACUAUCGCCGCAAGGCCGAGAAGGCGCGGGCAGCAGCUGAGGAGAAGCGCAAAGAGGAGGAGGCGAAGCGCGCAAAGGAGACUGGGAUGGAAAUUAAGGAGGAGGAGGAGCAGGUGCCAGCUGCAGGGGAGCCAGUGGAUCCAAGCAAGGACCGGCCCAAAGCCGACACGUCGAUUAUUGCGCCGUUUGGCGGGGCAACGCGCAACAAGCAGAUGCUGUUUAAGAAGCGCACAAAGCAGGUGUUUUUUGCUGACGAGGAGCAGCGCCGGUUGAAUAUCGAGGAGGCGCGGCCGUGGGUGCUCGAGGACUAUGACGAGAAGGAGAGUUGGAACGGCACGCUUGAAGGCGGCCAGAAGUCCGACUACGUCUUGUUUGUGCUGAUGGAUGACGGAUUCAAGGUGGUACCGGUGGACCGCUGGUACAAGUUCACUCCCAAGCUCAAGUAUCAGACGCUGACGCUGGACGAGGCAGAGGAAGAGCUGAAGAAGGCUGCCAAGAACGAGACACAGAACCGCUGGCUGAUGAAGAAGCGCACCAAGCAACAGGGGGAGGAGGACGAGGACGAGGAGCCUGCAGAGAAGCCCACCAAGAAGACGCUGGUCGAGUAUGACAAUGCGGAUGAGUUUGACGAUGACGACGACGAUGAUGAUGGCGGCGCACGCAAAAAGCGCAGGCCGACCAAGCACGGCGACGCCGACGAGGUCGACUUUGAUGAGGAGUUCGCCGACGACGAGGAAAUGGGCGACGACCUAUUUGGCAACGAGGAUGACGAGGCCGACAAGCAGCAGCAGAAGAACAAAAAGUCUGAGCUCGACUCUGACGUUGAGGAGGAGGACGAGGGCGAGCUUGGCUCGGCGGGCAAGGAGAUGAAGAAGCUGAUGCGUAAGCGUGAGGAGAACGACGCGUACGACUCUGACGGCGAGGAGAACCCGUACCUGUCGGUGUCAGAGAUUGACAGCGACGAGGAGGAGCAGCAGCCCAAGCCUGAGGAGGACAAGAAGGACGCCGUGGCCACCGAUGCCAAGCGUGCUGUCUCAGCCAACGCCGCUGCGCCAGCCAAGGAGGCGGCUCCCAAGGCAGCGGUCCUACAGAAGGGCCAGAGCGACAUGGCGAACAACACGUCGGCCAAGAAGCGCAAGCGGCCGAUGCCGUCAGCACACAGCCACUCGAAUGAGUCUCGCAAGCACGCGAAGACUGCGCCCAAGCCCGCCGAGUCGGAUGAUCUGAUCACCGAAAAGGAGGUCAUAGAGCUGAUCAAGAGCGGCGUCACCACGACCAAGGCGCUGAUCGGCAAGGUGCGCAGCAAGCUGAAGGCGAACCCGGCGAACAAGGCGCGCAUCCAGACCAUCGUCCGGACCGUGGCCAUCCUCAAGGACGGGAAUUUGUCGCUCAAGAAGCGCAGCUAAUGCUGCUGUCGCCGCCUUUCUGGACUGGCGGCUGCUGGAUGCCUCUAGUGACUGUGGUGUUUUUGACAGCCAAUAAUAGGGCAAUGCCGUGUAAACUGGAGUGGGCUGCUCGGGAGAUGACUGGUUGCUGGGAGUGGACUGAUUUGUCGUCACACCACUCUGCAGAUGACCCUGUAGGCGGUGUUGCGCAGGAUAGGGGUGGGAGGCCUGCUGAAGCCUUCUCCCCCUUAACUGGCCUGGGCGCGCGUUGACGGGCGGUAUAAAGCCCAAGUCGGACUCCUGGCCACUGCCUUGGUCGACCUUGUCUUUACAUGUAGUCUUUUAUCCAAAACCCAAUUCCUCAUCCAUAAAUCUCUUGUCUGUCAUGUCGUAUU